AAAUUUUACAUCCCUAAUUCCUGUGUGUUUGUAUUCGUGACAGCCACAAAGUUUUUGCGGAACAUUUUUUGUGUACAAUUUAAAGCCAUUUGGGGCGCUAAAUAAUUGUUUAUUGCCUAUCAAUAGUAAAUUACACACGUUUCCCUACAACGAAGCGAAGUGCAUUAAACUGUGAGAGGCGUAAAAAAUACGCAAAUCACGCAGCGAAAUUUGCCCAAUUCGCUAGCUCGGGUGAAAUUUCAAUGAACUGAGAAAACAAAGACAGACACACACAGACACAGUACUUGUGCAGUAGGGAAAGAAGCAGAGACAACAGCGCAAUAGCAAGCAAUUAUUUACUUACAAAAUAAAACCACUACAAUAAUAUACAUAAACCAAGGCAAACAAUUGCAUUAAAACGCGUAAGACAGACGUUAUACCCAGACAUCAAGUUUCGUGCGAAGUUUGCCAAGUGUAGCAUUGUACGUGAAAUUUGUGGACCCCACAGCGGCGCAGAAAAUUGAAAACUUUUUGCCUCUGAAAGGCAUUAACAUCCUUCGGUACUCCUUCCCUCGUGAGCGACGAAGACCACGCUGCAUACAGACGAAGCAUAUACACAUACAUAUAUAUGCAAUAUAUUUAGGGACGACACGGCGCGGAAAAAUACUAACUAACCUCUCCUCUCGCUACCCACUACACUUUGCGCAUCAUCGCCAGCAUCGGGCUGUGCUUGUGUGCGUGUAAAGGGAAUACAUAUAUCCUGUGUGUCCCGUUUGAAUAUUUGCCGCCCGCCGCGCUCUUCUCUCUCGUGUGUGUGUGUGUGUGUGAGCGCGCAAACAACGCUGAACGCUAACCUCCGACUGCCCAUCAGAAUAAACGUAGGCCAGCAGCAGCAGAUCGCCCAAUUGCUUUCCCUUCGGCCCAUUUUUCCCUGUGCCGCCGAAACGGAUACGGCGCCAGGACCACGACGACGACAGCAACGACGUCCACCUUGUCGCCUUGGAAUGUUAAAUGCGGUGAGAACGAUCGGUUCAGUGUAUGUUGUUGUUGGUAGCAGUUCGAGUCGAUUGCAAGCGAGUGGAAAGCACACAUUAACAGUGGAAGUGGAAGAAGGCGCACUAUCAUCUAACGUUAAUUUAGAUUAUGGCGAAUUUAAAUUUCCAACAACCCCCAAGAAGCAUAGCGAACGCGGCGUUAGCUGGACGGACAACGGGCGGCUUCGGUGGUAGCUCUCUGACCGGCCAUGUAACACCCACGUCUGGCAUGUUCCAAACCGACUUUGCCAACUCUUAUCCAGGUGCAGCGAAUUAUGGGCAGACGCAGCAACAACAGCCACAGCAGCAGCCCCAGUUAUCGCCGAACCGCAAUGCGCAGCUAUCGGUUGGCGGGCCCGCCUUGUCGAGCGGCAGUCGAAACGCGAACCUUUUCGGACAGCGCCAGUUUGUGGAGCGGCGUGCCAUGCAGGGGCUAGGCAGUGGACCCAUGUCGAACAUGGGAAACUUCAUGCAGACGGGUCGCGGCGGCUACGGAACGGGUGGCGGUGGGGGUCCAUUGAACAACUUCCACGUGUUCGGAGGCAGUGGAGCUGAUGUCUCCACACCUGCCCUACUCGAUCCCACGGAGUUUCCGUCGCUAACGUCGCGCGGCCAGAACGACCAAACACUGCCCCAAUCGAAUCCGCUCCAGCCGCCGGGCAGCAAACCCUAUGGUAAUUUCUUUACCUCUUUUGGCAUGGUGAAGCAGCCGACGUCAGAGCAAUCGGAGUUCACGAUGUCCAACGAGGACUUCCCUGCGUUACCGGGCACUCAAAACUCGGAUGGCACAACGAACGCAGUGGGGAGCAGCAACAGCGGGGGCGUUGGCUCUGGCGGCUCCGCCACUGGCGGAGUCACAGAUAACCAUCUGGACGGCACGGAAAAGGCAAUGAACUCAAUUGUGGUCAGCGGAUCCAGCGGCACCAGUGGUACCAGCGUCGGCGUUGUAGGCGGCAAUGGUCUUGGCGCAGUCGGCAGUGGACUGGGCGGCGUUGUGGUCGGAGGUGGUGGUGGUGGCGGCAGCGGAGCCAUUGGUUCCGUUGGCAGCUCGCACGGUGGAUUGGUGGGUAGCAGUGGUGUCAACAGCGUGACAAGCAGCAAUGCCAUGAUGGGAGUCGGCGGCGGCCUGGGCAGUGGUAGCGGAAGCAGCGUUGGCGGCAGUGGAUGUGGUGUCGGCGAGCAUCUGAACGAUAAUUCCAGCAAUGAUAAACUUGUGAAGAGCGGCGUCCAAACAUCGCCGGAUGGCAAGGUCACAAACAUACCAGCGACCAUGGUGAACAAUCAGUUCGGCAUGGUAGGCCUGCUGACGUUCAUACGGGCCGCCGAAACAGAUCCCAACCUGGUAACGCUCUCUUUGGGUACGGAUCUGACGGGUCUUGGCUUGAACCUGAAUUCACAAGAGAGCUUGCAUACAACAUUCGCUGGACCGUUCGUGGAACAGCCCUGCAGAGCACAAGACGUUGAGUUCAACGUGCCACCCGAAUAUCUGAUCAAUUUUGCGAUAAGAGAUAAGCUUACGGCGCCGGUACUGAAAAAGCUGCAAGAGGAUCUGCUCUUCUUCCUCUUCUACACAAAUAUCGGCGAUAUCAUGCAAUUGAUGGCAGCUGCUGAAUUGCAUAGUCGCGAGUGGCGGUAUCAUGUGGAAGAGAAAAUAUGGAUAACUCGAAUUCCUGGCAUUAAUCAAUAUGAAAAAAAUGGUACAAAAGAGCGCGGCACCUUCUACUACUUUGAUGCGCAAAGUUGGAAACGAUUGUCCAAGGUUUUCCAAAUAGAUGCCGAGAAAUUAGAUAAAUGUCCCAAUAUAAGUGCGUUUAUGAAUGGACAGUCUGUAUAAAAUUAAUAAAACUGAAAAAAAUUGAAAAAAGAAAAAA